CCGGUCCCGUAAUAGAUCUGUCCUCAUCUCUUCUGCUUUCAUAACAAAUCUUCAACAUUGUCUUCAUCGGAGGCCGAUGAUGAAAAAAUUGGGUAAUAACUUCGUCAACUCCGAAACAAUCGACGAUGAUGAAACCAUUUUUUUCAAAAUCGGUUUCGCGAUCAAAAUAGAAGAUUUCAGGCCGUCUCAUUCUUCUUCAACGAAGCUGGUGGGACAGAAAGUUGAUUCAGGGGGUCUUUAUAGACUGCUUCAAUGUGCAAGUAAAGGGGAUAAAGCUGGCGUAAUACAAGAACUAGAUAAAGGUGUGGAGCCUAAUGGAGCUGAUUAUGAUAGGAGAACUGCUCUUCAUUUAGCUGCUUGUGAAGGUUGGAUUGAAGUUGUUGAUUUGCUUCUUGAGAAAGGUGCUGAUGUGAAUUCUUUAGAUCAUUGGGGUCGAACUCCAUUGUCCGACGUACAUAGCUUUCGACACAAUGAGGUUUGCAAGAUACUUGAAGCUCGAGGGGGAAUCGAUCCGAUCUUGGCUCGUCAUUUUGGGGGAUGGCUUUGAUUCUUGCAUCCACAAAUCUCCUCACUGCAAGAAUAGCUGCUGGUUGUUUUCUUCUUGCUCUCGUUGCCGUGCUCUUUUAUGCUAAAAAUGUAAGAUAUCAAGGAUGAUGGUAUUUCCUGAUAAAAAUUUGCAUUAAUAUUUAGAUACUUUCUUUCUUUCCUUUUUUAUUUUGUAUUCUUCAAAGAGUACUUUCAAAUUUUUAACUUGUAAUGUGUAUGAUUAUUCAAACAAUGGACACUUCGAGGACUGUC